AUGUCAGCUUGUAUUCACGAAAAAGAGCAGAUAUCACAUACAGAAGACGUAGUUGGCUCACCAAAAGUCCCAACUUGUUGGUCUUCUGAAGAGGAAGAUAUAUUACUCGGGAAUGACCAUAAACAGCGUGAGACAACCAACAGAAAGGAUUCUGACGCUCAAGACCAAGACGAAAAAGAUCCAAAAUACAGAAGUUUAUCGCUAUCGUCGGUUGCAAUACAAAGAGAGCAUUCUCAGCGUCUCGAUGAUGAUUUGGAGAUGCUGCGAGUAGAAAGAGUUGUUUCCCGUAGUGAAACUAACGAGGAUAUGAUGGGUCGGCCCAAGAUGAAUGAUUACCGUUCUCGAAUAGACGGAGAACCAGUCGACAAUUUUGACACUGACACAUCACCUAUGCAUGAAAAAACAAAAUUUUAUCGAAUGCCAGCUGAUCCCACAACUUAUCUUGCAAAGCUAUUCAAGAAAAUACACCAGUCCAGCGUCCUGGUACGAUGGAUCGUUUACAUUAUGCCUGUUGCUCUCCUGCUCUCUAUACCACUUAUUCUCGGCCUUCUAGUUCUAAAAGAAGCGACGGUUGGUGAUGUAGAAGUUUUUUGGUUUGGGGUCUGGCUUGAAAUUGUGUGGCUAAAUUUAUGGCUUUCAAGACUUAUUGCCAAAAUUAUUCCCUGGCCAAUGGGUCUAGUAUCCAGUCUUUUUACAAACAACAGUAAAAAGUGGACGGACCUUGGUGAAGCCUUAGAAAUUCCAGCAACAAUAUUUUUGUGGGCUCUUUCAAUUGAGAUAUCUUUCCUAAGAACUAUGAAAAACCAUCAUCUACAUGGAAACCAGGAAGCGAGGAGCUGGGAGAAAACAACAAAUAAAAUUAUCGUUGGAGUACUAAUAGGAGCAACCCUAAAUUUUGCCGAAAAGAUUCUCAUACAGCUCAUUGCUAUGAGUUUUCAUUUGCGAACAUACGCAGAUCGUAUCGAAAUUAACAAAUUUCAAAUCUCUAGUUUAGUAAAGCUGUAUAUCUUUUCGAAGAAAAAAAUUGCGAUGAAAGACUCUGACUUCGAGUUAAGCUCUUCAUCUAGCAUUAAGACGCCCAUGGGCUAUGUUAACCUUGCGGGAAAAAAUGCCCGUCAUGUUUUCACAAAAGUUGGAGAUGUAGCUGGGAAAUUUGCUGGAGAUUUUACUGGUCAGACUGUGAAGACUAGCUCUCAUCCACAACAAGUGGUUAUUCAGCUUCUACGCUCAACAGUAGGCUCUCAGGUCUUGGCUCGUCGACUUUAUCGUACAUUUGCUCAAGAGAACUCAAAGACCAUUCUACCUAAUGACUUGAGAUUAGCAUUCGACAAUGACGAAGAAGCAACUGCCGCAUUUAAUAUGUUUGAUAAAGAUCUAAACGGAGAUAUUUCUAUCGAAGAGCUAGAAGCAGUCUGUGUCGAAAUUAGUCGUGAGCGGAAAGGAAUUACCGCAUCCCUUAAGGACCUCGAUUCAGUUGUUUCAAAACUGGAUCAAGUUCUCUUAUUUAUUGUUUUUGUGAUAACCACUCUUGUAUUCCUCUCAUUCAUAUCUAGUUCUGCGUCAGUUAUGCUCACAUCAGCUGGCUCCACAAUAUUAGCACUUUCCUGGCUCCUGCAAGCGACGGCUCAAGAAUUUCUUCAGUCUCUAAUUUUCGUAUUCGUGAAACAUCCAUUUGACGUGGGAGAUAGAGUCACCAUUUACGGUAAUACAGGGAAAUCGUUGACAGGUGAUGACUACUUCGUGAAGGAGAUAUCAUUACUUUACACCGAAUUCAAGAAGAUGGAAGGUCAUGUCGUCCAGGCCCCAAACAGUUAUCUUAAUACCAUCUUUAUCUUGAACCAACGUCGGUCUGGUGGUCUAGCUGAAGCUAUUCCUAUCACAGUCAAAUUUGGGACGACACUUGAGCAGAUUGAAUCUCUUCGCGAACGGAUGUUAGAAUUCGUAGCUUCCGAGAGCCGUGAAUAUCAAAAAAAUAUCCUCACCGAGUUAACGACCAUUUAUGAAGCUUAUUCUAUCACCCUCAACGUUGUUUUUUUCUACAAAUCGAACUGGCAAAACGAGCUGCUGCGCUUACAACGUCGAAAUAAGUUUAUUUGCGCCUUAAUGGUGACGAUGAACGAAUUGAAUAUAGAAGGUCCAAGAAUGCGUCUUGCGGGUGCUGCAGAAGAAUUUCCUCUUUAUCUUAACAAUGCUUAUUCAAAAAGUCAUGAUGCAUCACAGAAUCCUCACCCUGGAGUCUUGGAAGAUAGAGCGCGGGCAAUUAACACUACUGAACAAGUUAAAAUUCGUAAUCCGUCAAUUUUGCGUGGAAGGGGUGAUGUGAACAAUUGUAGACGUACUGAAUCUGUUUUAUCAGUAGGAAAACGUGUUGACUUUUCUCUCGGAAUGUCUUCUAUCAGCUCUGGUGCUGACCUUGGUGAUGUCUAUGGUGACCGGGAGCCAGUUCAAUUGCCUCCACUAAUGUCUUCGUGCUCUGAAAAUGCUGCAAAUAUGUCGAGGACAAAAAGUAGAGAUUCUGGAAGUACCACCAAAAAAUAUCGAAAUCGCCUAUUUUCGCGCAGAAAGUCUCGGGCUGCUGACGACAACAGUUUUCUUGAUGACCUUGAGGUUGGACCUGCAGAUGUUAUCAUGCCUGGUAUUGCCGAGGGUGGAUCAGAGGGGGUGACGCCGACGUACAAUACUACCAGUCCUCUACACCCAAUUUAG